AAUAUUUAUAAUAAGUCCCGUUAUUUUACAUAAACUGUUACACAAAAUCAAAGUUAAGUUAUCUACUUGCCUUUAUCACACAGUCACGUGAUACGUCUUGGCAGGCACACAGCAGACAUAAUUCCAAGAUGGCGGUCUGUAUUGCUGUCAUCGCUAAAGAGAAUUAUCCUCUGUACAUACGAAGUGUACCCAUACAAAAUGAACUGAAGUUCCACUACACGGUGCAUACCUCUCUGGAUGUGGUGGAGGAGAAGAUUUCAGCAGUCGGCAAAGCUAUGGCAGACCAGAGAGAGCUUUACCUUGGGUUGCUGUACCCAACUGAGGACUACAAAGUAUAUGGCUAUGUGACAAACUCCAAGGUGAAGUUUGUCAUUGUUGCGGACUCGUCAAACACAUCUCUGCGGGACAAUGAGAUUAGAAGUAUGUUCAGAAAGCUACACAACUCAUUUACUGAUGUGAUGUGCAACCCAUUCUACAAUCCUGGGGACACCAUUCAGUCCAAGGCCUUUGACAGCAUGGUGUCUGCAAUGAUGGUGCAAGCUAGCUGAUAUUGUCCUCCUGAACAUUUGUACAUAAUUUCCUGAAACCUUUUUGUGUUGCCUCAUAAUAAACUAUGUCCAUCUGAA